CCAUUAUUUAUUAUACUAACCUUUAUUUAUUUCAGAGUGUCUGUCCUCCACGGCUCUGAGGAAGGUGUCACGCCGGUGUCACAGCAGAGCGAGCUGCUCACUGGUGGCUGACACCCAAACCUUUGGGGACCCGUGUUUCCCCGGCACCAGGAAACACCUGCGGGUGUCCUUCACUUGUGUGCCCCGGUAUCUUCUGGAAGAUGUGAGUCGAGGGUCAACUGAUCCUUUCAUGAUCUCAGACUACACACAUGGCGGAUGGUACACUGGCCCCACCUACAGGCCUCAUAACGUGCUCUUAACCAACUCUCUGGAGAUCAUUGAAAAAAUGUUGGAUUUCCCAGAGCGAGUGGCUCUGUACUUUGUGGUUGGCAUCUGUGCUGGUCUGGUUUUCCUGCUCUGCCUGUUUGGUGUACGCUCCACACUGGUGAGGGAUGUUAAAGAUCUGGUUUCUGACCUGAAGGAGGAGCUGGAAGCUUCUCGCAGGAAACGAAAGGAACUCAUGCAGGAUCUCUUUGACGAUGACAUCUCAGACACGGCGUCCUUCCGUUGCCUGACACAAUCCUACCGCAAGACAGAAAUCCUCAGUCCUUCAAAUUUGACGGUCGAGAUGGUUGAACGUGAGGUGGAACAGACGAGGGAUCUGCCCAACGGAGACAUUUGGCCACAUCGAGACUCCAGCCCUUAUGCCAUUCAUAAGAUUAAAACCUACAACAACUGAGAGAAGUCACAUGUACAGUUAAAACUAUUGCUAAAUAAUCCUUCUGAUUAUAUUAAAGUUUUGGACUGAAAUUGACUUUCAAAAUAAUGAAACUUUUUUAUCCAUGUUUUGUCAUUUUUGUCAAAGUGACUAUUAACAAUAAAGAGUUAAAUACAACGUGUUACAUGAAUUGGUUAUGAAGAUUAACAGUAGAAGAUUUGUUCAUGAAGGUAUUUAUUUAUGAAAUGUAACAAAUGGGACAAAUGAUUAGGCCUCGGGAAGUUUUCUGCAUAUUUGUUUUGGUUUUAAGAUGUCACAUACAAUGUCAAACCAGUAUAGUGUACAAUCAACAUUGUAAAUAAUAAUAGUUGUUUUAGUAGGGUGAGAAAUUAGGUAUAUUUUCUAAGUGAUGUUUCCUAGAAAGUCCUUGCACAAAUGUAGAUGCUUUAUUUGAGUAAAAGUUACAAACCAUUCUUUAAAAAUACUACAAUGCCUACUAAUAAAAAAUGUUAAAGC